UUCCUCGGAGCCUGGUGAUAAGCGACGCUCCCACCUUCGCCUCUAACUCGCUGCCGCCACCCUGCCCAGUGUCCUCCGGAGUCCCGGACCCGAGCACGAUGUGGAAACGAUGGCUGGCGCUCUCGCUGGUGACCAUCGCCCUGGUCCACGGCGAGGAGGAACCUAGAAGCAAAUCCAAGAUCUGCGCCAAUGUGUUUUGUGGAGCUGGCAGGGAAUGUGCCGUCACAGAGAAGGGGGAGCCCACGUGCCUCUGCAUUGAGCAAUGCAAACCUCACAAGAGGCCUGUGUGUGGCAGUAAUGGCAAGACCUACCUCAACCACUGUGAACUUCAUAGAGAUGCCUGCCUCACUGGAUCCAAGAUCCAGGUUGAUUAUGAUGGGCACUGCAAAGAAAAGAAGUCUGCGAGUCCAUCUGCCAGCCCAGUUGUCUGCUAUCAAGCUAACCGCGAUGAGCUCCGACGGCGCCUCAUCCAGUGGCUGGAAGCUGAGAUCAUUCCAGAUGGCUGGUUCUCUAAAGGCAGUAACUACAGUGAGAUCCUAGACAAGUACUUUAAGAGCUUUGAUAAUGGCGACUCUCACCUGGACUCCAGUGAAUUCCUGAAAUUCGUGGAGCAGAAUGAAACAGCCAUCAACAUCACCACUUAUGCAGAUCAGGAGAACAACAAACUGCUCAGAAGCCUCUGUGUUGACGCCCUCAUUGAACUGUCUGAUGAGAACGCUGACUGGAAACUCAGCUUCCAAGAGUUCCUCAAGUGCCUCAACCCAUCCUUCAACCCUCCUGAGAAGAAGUGUGCCCUGGAGGACGAAACCUAUGCAGAUGGAGCUGAGACUGAGGUGGACUGCAAUCGCUGUGUCUGUUCCUGUGGCCACUGGGUCUGCACAGCAAUGACCUGUGAUGGAAAGAAUCAGAAGGGGGUCCAGACCCACACAGAGGAGGAGAAGACAGGAUAUGUCCAGGAACUCCAGAAGCACCAGGGCACAGCAGAAAAGACCAAGAAGGUGAACACCAAAGAGAUCUAAGAAGAGGCACAGAGCACCGUGUCCGGAGCCCAGCGCCUCCUCUUCAGCGCUGAGCCCAGUACACACAGAGUCUGCAGCAAUCACCAAAUCACUAGUAUUUGCUUGUAUGGCAGCGAAUCUUAUUUUGUUUGUUUUGCAAUAAAGGAAAUGAGGGUGGCCAGCCUAGCGAGGGAAGGCCACAACCUUCACCUGUAGGAAUGCUUUAAGAGAAACUAAAGGACACCUUGGGACGAGAGGCAACUAAGGAAACAGCAUCGGGUUGGCAGAGGAGCAGAGGCAGGUUUGAAUGAAGCCUUUCUGGGGUCACAGCAGCUGCGAGGAGAAUACAGGAAAAGCAUAGAGAAACAUUGAACUAGCCCUGCUGGAGGAAGUGGGGGGAGCUUUGUAGGGAGGAACCCUGCUGCUUUGACCCUUGUCACCACUGUCAGCAUGACAGACCUGCAGCAAGUCUGCUUCUCCUUUUGGUCCCAACAAUCACCUGAACACACAGCCGCCCAACUAGUUACCUGUGUCCCUCAGCCUUGCAUGGAGUUUCCUGGAGGAGGUGUUUAAAUGAUGCAGACACUUAUGUACUUCAAGCGCCAUGGAGACCUAACCAAAUUUUUAAAAUACAUUUUUCUUUUUUUUUUUUUUUUGUUAACCAAAGGUGCUAUUUCUCUGUAAAAGACUUUUUUCCAAGCUGACUUCAUUCCUCAGUUAUUACCGUUAUAUUAUUGUUGUUUUUUAAUAUUUCAUUUUUUGACUAGAUAUUAAGCUUUUGUAAUUAUUUUUUCAUUAGUCCUACUAUUUCAGAAGUGAAGGUGAAGGGGGUUUGGGCAUUUUUCCAGGUACAGGGAACUCUGUAACACAAACAGCCCAUACCCUGUCACAUAUUAGACCGGUUGCAGUUCGGAGCUGCACCCCAACCCAGAGCUUCUAGAAAAUCAGCUCCAUGCCACGAAGCACAAGAGGCCCCUCAGACAGAAGCCACAGGACAAAGCAUCUUCAUAGACAGCUGUUGAGAUCCAAACAGUUAAUUUGCUUUUGUUUCUUGUAAGAAGUUCCAAGGAUGGACGCUCAGGCUAUCCCAGCCUGCCAGCCUGCUGUGAUCUGUGGCUAACUGGCAGAGUCAGCCACUGUGGUCCUUAGCUGCUCCUGUUUCUAGGUGUCAGUUUACUUAGUAAACUGGUAAGAAUGAAUCUUGGAAUUUAAUAAAUGGUAGUUUGUGGUUUAGCCAACUGGUCCAGAGGGAGCUACCUUCUCCUUAGGAUAGAUGAAUCUACACCAUAAGAAAAACCAGCCAGGAAUAGCAUGGAUGGGUUUUGCUUUGGUUGAAAUGAUCCUAGCAGGUGACUGGGUAUGAGGACUUCAUGGUCACUCUGCCCAGGAAGAGAGCGUGAAGGACAACUAGCAGCUUCCUUAGGGAUGGUACACAUGAGUGUGAUCUCUGGAGUCAGAGGUUUCCCCACACACAUGAUGAUAAAACUUUUCAGAUUUAGAGCGGUUAAAACUGGAGAUCGAAUCUGGAUUGAGAAUCAGCACUGGGGGAGAAACUGUUAUUGAAAGUCAAUCCUUUCUUUGAGCCUCCGAAUAAACUAUGGAGAUUUUCCUGCAUAGGAAAGUGUGGAAUGUUGAGCUAUUGAGAUGGGAGUGGAAUUCGUCCUAAAUAGUUUUUCCUGGUCUCAUCUGAACAAGACAAUUUGGCUCUGCCUAGUGUUCUGUGCCCUCCCUUUCAAAAGCUCUGAGCCCCGCUCAUGCAGUCCAGAUUUCAUCCCCCUCUCCAAGUGCCUUGGAGAGCUCACAGCAGCAAUGCCAUCAUCAAAAGUUUUGCUGCUGGGAAGAAAAAAAAAAAAAAAAAAGAAAAAAAAAGUUUUGCUGGUUCUUGGAGGUGAUGGGAGAGGGCAGGAGUAUCAAUUUGUUCAAGUAGCUGCAGUGUCUGUUGGCCAAUCAUCUUUAGAACCCUGUAACACUGAGUACCAGAGGGCAAGCCCACAUUCCUCUUCUGCUACUUCAGUGUAACUAGGGCAGCUGUUGUCUGAAGCACCAUAGAUUCAGGUGAUCCUCCAUAGAUUCAGGUGAUCCUCCAUAGAUUCAGGUGAUCCUUGAACCGUUCAUGAAAAGCUGCUAAGUAGCCUGGUUUGGGAGACUUGGGUUGAGAUUUGCAUGGGACCAACACGCAGGAUUACAUCUUCUUCAGUUCCUAGAGUCCUCUAGAAGCCUAUAGAACAAGACGGCAAGCUCUCUGGGCUUGCUCUGGGGUUUUGUUCUGUGGUUUUAUGUUGUUCUUGUUGUUUUAUUAACAUCAGUGUCUCUUAAGAUCCAGGACCCAGGGAGGUCUUUUCACAUACAUAUACCAGGACUCUUGGGUACUACUGUCAGUCUUGGGGAAGCAGGCUCCUCCAUCGGCAACCAAAUCCAUGUGAGCACUCCGAAUGCCUUGGUUAGUCCUAUGACCUAAAUAGUUAAACUUCAGAAAAUGGUUUCAACAGAUUUCUGUGCCGAGUGGUUUUGAAAUUGCAUUUGUAUUUGCUGUGCUUCUGUAUUCCAUUUAACUGGGUUUUUUGUUACUUCUGAUUUUUGUUACUAUUAAUAAAUAAAAAUAAAAUAAAAU